AUGGUUGCUGAAGGAACCAAAAGGCCUCAACUUUCAUUACCAAGGAAAAUAAACGUUCAGAAAUAUGCUGAAUCCCGUGCCCUUGAGUUGCAGAGUCUUCAAUCUAUUAUAGAAAAUAGAGUAAGCAAUGAUUAUAGGUCUCAAAGGAACAAGAGGAGAAGGACAACUGCGUUUGAUAACCAAAUUGCAAGAAAAGGGUGCAGAAGAAAGAGGCAGAAACUGGGAAUAGUUGGUAAAGCCCUUGUUGAAUCAGGUUUGGAGGAGGAUACACUAAAGAAGCUUCCUCGGCGUGUUCGUCGGAGAUAUGAACUAAAGAAAAACCUAGAGAAUGGUUUCUGCACUUCUGGGGAUGGAACCAAGAGGCUGAGAACUCAUGUUUGGCAUGCAAAGCGGUUUUCUAUGACCAAGCUUUGGGGUUACCAUCUUCCGUUGUGUCUUCAAGGAAGAGGGAAAGGUUCGAGGGCAAUCUUGAAAAGGCUCAAACAAGGGGUGCUUGUGCACGAUGCAAGCUAUUAUUCUGCUAUCCAAUUGGAGGGUCCAGAGGAUUCAUUACUGUCAGUAUUAAGAUUGGUACUAGAACCCUCUCCAGCAAGAACAACACAUACUGGAAAUCAUGAUGACUCUGUUCUUUCUGGUGUAACCUAUGGAAGUGCAAUGCUGCAUCAUGUUGGAGCCCCAAUUUCUCCUCCAAUUGCUCCUGUGACCUAUAUGUGGCAACCAACUUCCCAAGAAAAUAUGAGUACACAGCUAGAUGGACGAGAUCAUUAUAUUUCUUGUGGACAAAAUGGUGCCAAUAACGAUUCAAACAAACAUGAUGUUGAAUUAUGUGAAAAAUCAGACAAUAUGAAGCAUGGUUCUUCAUUUAGACACCUUUGGGUGUGGAUACAUGCUUCUGCCUUUGAAGAAGGAUACGAUAAUCUAAAAGUUGCCUGUCGGAAAGAGAUGGAGAAGAGGGGCAUUAUAAUUAAUUGCUUUUCCCUUGAGGGUCAACUUGCAAAAUUAGAAUUAAUUGGAUUAGGGACAUUUCAGCUUCUUCAGAAGAUGCUGCAUCCUGUCGGAGGUAUUUCAGAGAAUCAUUGGCAAUUAAAGAAACAUAUGACAAUGGAAGAAGAGUGUGUUUCUCAGAAUAAAAAUUCAAGAACACUGAAAAAUGGAGAUCAUUUCUCUUCUUGUGCUAUGAUACCUCUUAAUGUCAAGGAUCCUCGAGAAUUGCCUUGGAAGAGGAAUGCUGUUCCAAUAGGGUCCAUUUCAAUUAAGACUUUGAGUAACGAACAGGAAACAAAAUGCAAAGAACUUGCUGAUUUGGAAGGAAAUUUGGAAGAGAAUAAAGAAUCAUCUUCAUUAUCAUGUUCAAAACUUGAAGACAGCCAGUCUAAUAUUGAUGAUUUGUGGUAUGCUACGACCAGAGGGUUGAGGCCCCCAUUGGAAGACAGUGUCCUUUCCAAGGAGAAACACCAUAAACAUAUGACUAAUUUCUGCCUUGAUGAUAUAGAUUCUGGAGAGGCUAACCCUUCAACUAAGGUGCAGUGUUUGAGAUCUUGCCCUAUUCUUCUUUUAAAAGGUGAUACGAAGGAAAUGAUCAUAGGAUGGUCCAUUAUACUUCCCUUAAGUUGGGUCAAAGCAUUCUGGAUUCCACUCAUCACCAAUGGGGCACAUGCAAUAGGUUUGCAAGAGAAGCACUGGGUUACAUGUGAAAUUGGGCUACCAUUUUUUCCUUCAGAUUUUCCAGAUUGUAAGGCAUACUCUUGCUUAAUGGAAGAUAAGGCUGUUGCAUUUAAUAAAAAGGAAGAACUUCGUCCUCCAUCCGUUAGGCAUUUGAGAGUUCCCAUCCAACCUCCAUGGGGUAUUGUUAACAUCACUUUCAACAAAAUGAUUAGUGCAAUGGAAACUCCUGAUCUUUCAACUAGGGAAGAUUUGACCAUCACUAAUUUAUCACCAAAUCCUUUUCCUUUAAGCUUUAAAGUUUCAAACUCUCCCUCUUGGAGUAAUUUGUUUGAUGGAACUGUGGUUAGGACAGGUUGUAUGCUGACCACUUUCCUCAAUGAAACAAAAGCUGGUCAAUUGUUAUUGUUUCCUUAUGCAGCUGAUGGAGAGGCUAGAAUCUCCAAGUUUAUUAAUGGAGAACUAAAGCUUGACCCAAGGUACAAAAGCUCUGACAUAUAUGACCAUAAGCUAUGUUUUGUAAGAGUUCAUCUUCAUCCAUUCAAGGAAGGAUGUUUUGAAGAAGGUGCAGUUAUUUGUGCACCAUAUCCUUCUGAUAUAUUUUUAUGGACUUCAAGUUCAGAGAGAAGUGAAGAGGGACUUCAAAUGUCUCAGUCUGCAAUGCGAUCAUACUUCAAAGAACAUUCCUCUGGUAGAUGGGAAAUGCAGAUACCAGAUGAUUCAAUUUCUAGCAAGUCUCACCGUUGGCCUAUUGGCUUUGUCACUACAGCCUCUGUUCAAGGAAGCAAGAGUCUUGUAGCUGAGGGCUUUUGCGAGGCCGUUUUACUAUCUCAUUUAAGAGAGGAACAGUGGAAGGAGAUGGCUAUGAAGCAGAGGAGGAGGGAAAUAUACGUACUUGUCAGGAAUUUGAGAUCUACAGCAUACAGACUUGCUUUUGCUUCUAUCAUUCUUGAAUUUAAGGAAAAUGAUAUCGAGUUCUUAUAA